GAAGGGCCUCCUGUAUCCUCUCACUUCCCUCAGUCCUCGUCCGUCUGCUCCCUCCUCUCUCUACCUAGCUCUAGCUAGCCUUCCUGUAGCGCGGCAGAGAUGGCUGCCCCUGCCUCCACCACGGCGGCGGCGGCGGCAGCGCUGCUGCUGCUGCUCCUCCUGUCGCUCGCCGCGGCGGCGGACAUGUCGAUCGUGUCCUACGGGGAGCGCAGCGACGAGGAGGCGCGGCGGAUGUACGCGGAGUGGAUGGCGGCGCACGGCCGGACCUACAACGCCGUCGGCGAGGAGGAGCGGCGGUACCAGGUGUUCCGGGACAACCUCCGCUACAUCGACGCGCACAACGCCGCCGCCGACGCGGGCGUCCACUCCUUCCGCCUCGGCCUCAACCGCUUCGCCGACCUCACCAACGACGAGUACCGCGCCACCUACCUCGGCGCCAGGACCAGGCCGCAGAGGGAGAGGAAGCUCGGCGCCAGGUACCACGCCGCCGACAACGAGGACCUGCCGGAGUCCGUCGACUGGAGGGCCAAGGGCGCCGUCGCCGAGGUCAAGGACCAGGGCAGCUGCGGGAGCUGUUGGGCUUUCUCAACAAUAGCAGCUGUGGAAGGCAUCAACCAGAUUGUUACAGGCGACUUGAUCUCCUUGUCUGAACAAGAGCUUGUCGACUGUGACACUUCGUACAAUCAGGGGUGCAAUGGAGGUCUGAUGGACUAUGCAUUUGAGUUCAUCAUCAACAAUGGCGGAAUCGACACCGAGAAGGAUUACCCUUACAAGGGCACGGACGGACGGUGUGAUGUCAACAGGAAAAACGCGAAGGUUGUCACUAUUGACAGCUACGAAGAUGUACCAGCGAACGAUGAGAAGAGUCUGCAGAAGGCAGUUGCAAACCAGCCUGUCAGUGUCGCAAUUGAGGCUGCUGGCACAGCAUUUCAGCUCUACAGCUCGGGUAUCUUCACUGGAAGCUGUGGAACAGCGCUGGACCAUGGUGUCACGGCCGUCGGCUACGGGACAGAGAACGGCAAGGACUACUGGAUCGUGAAGAACUCAUGGGGCAGCAGCUGGGGCGAGUCCGGGUACGUGAGGAUGGAGCGCAACAUCAAGGCGUCCAGCGGCAAGUGCGGUAUCGCGGUUGAGCCGUCAUACCCGUUGAAGGAGGGCGCCAACCCGCCGAACCCUGGCCCCAGCCCGCCGUCCCCGACCCCGGCGCCCGCCGUGUGCGACAACUACUACUCGUGCCCUGACAGCACCACCUGCUGCUGCAUCUACGAGUACGGCAAGUACUGCUUCGCCUGGGGCUGCUGCCCGCUCGAGGGCGCCACCUGCUGCGACGAUCACUACAGCUGCUGCCCCCAUGACUACCCCAUCUGCAACGUCAGGCAGGGAACCUGCCUCAUGGGCAAGGACAGCCCACUGUCACUGUCAGUGAAGGCUACGAAGCGAACCCUGGCCAAGCCGCACUGGGCUUUCUCCGGCAACACAGCUGACGGAAUGAAGAGCAGCGCAUGAGAAAACGCAGCGUGGCAUUAGGUCGUCAGCAACCUGGGUGGUCGAUUAGAGCCCCUGCGUGGGAAAUGGUCACCUGGCCCCCUGAUUGACGACGGAAGCAUGGCUCG